ACACACGUGACAGAACAGAGGAGUUAACUUUCACUCUCUCUCACACUACUGCGGAGUGCGGACCGGCUUCGAAUUUGGGAGCGGGGGAGUCAUUUUCUUCCACCCUCCCACGCCACGGGAUGGAUCCUCGAAUCUCAUUUUUAUUAUACCGUACUACUGCUUUCCUUGGUUGCUUCUGUCUCAAGCUCAGCUUAACCCACCAACCAACCACCCACCCUAUACCAGACCUGACCUUCCUACUCUACAUCUCUCUCUUAUUGCACUACUGGCUGGAGUAGCACAGUAGUAUUGUUUUUCCCCACCCAGAUCCCAAUCUCACGCACGCACGCACUGCUCUCCUGCUUGCUGCAUUGUGCCUCUGUCAAACAUCCAGACUACCUACCAGAGACAGACAGACAGACCAAAAUCAACUCUUUCAAAAUUAGGCUCUCGAUUAGACGACUGUUUGGCGCGCGUUUACCGUCUCUGCUCUGCUGGUGUUAUCAAUGGACAGGGAAUCAUCUUCAGACGAAGAAGAAGAUCGCCGAAACCUAAUCGACCAGAACGAAAUGCUACCAAAAUCCAAUCCCCCCAUUAUCUCCACCUUCCACCUUGAUCACUUUAAGGACAGGAUCGCCAAUGCCAAUUUCACUUUCAAAAAGAGGUACCUUUUCGCCAUCUUCCUCCCACUUCUCAUCCUCCUCCUCCUCUUUUUCACCACCGACAUCAAAAACCUAUUCCGGUUUACUAGUAGUAAUGUUUCCGACCCCAGAUUUGAUUCUUUCGUCAAUCGUAUGCGCGAGUCUGAGUUGCAAGCUUUGUCUUUGUUGAGACAGCAGCAAUUAGGGCUUUUCAAGUUGUGGAACCAUACUUCUUUUGUCAAUGCAUCAAUUGCCGAUUCCAAUUCAACCCUACUAAACCCUGUGGACUCUUAUUUAGAUUUCAAAUCUACAGUGGUAAGUCAGAUUUCAUUGAAUAGACAAAUCCAACAAGUGCUUUUGUCAUCCCAUCAAUUGGGCAAUUCAUUGGAUUUGGCUGAUAAUGUAACGGAUCCGAUUCUCAGCGGAUUUGCCAGUCUUGAUACGUGUCGAAAGGCUGAUCAAAAGUUGUCUGAGAGGAAAACAAUUGAGUGGAAUCCAAGGCCGGAUAAGUACUUGUUUGCAAUCUGUGUGUCGGGGCAAAUGUCGAAUCAUUUGAUUUGUUUAGAGAAGCACAUGUUCUUUGCUGCUCUACUCAACCGAAUUUUGGUUAUUCCAAGUCCCAAAGUCGAUUAUCAGUUCGAUCGCGUGCUGGACAUUGAUCGGAUAAAUAAAUGUGUUGGAAGAAAAGUAGUCGUCGAGUUUGAUGAGUUUGCAGAAGCUAUGAAGAACCAUUUGCACAUUGACAAGUUCAUGUGUUAUUUCUCAUUGCCGCAGCCUUGUUUUAUGGAUGAUGACCAUGUUAAGAAAUUAAAGUCGUUGGGGAUUUCGAUGGAUAAGCUCAAGGCUGCUUGGAUCGAGGAUGUUAAGAAGCCAACUAAAAGAACAAUGCAAGAUGUAACAGCAAAAUUUUCUUCCAAUGACAACGUUAUUGCUAUUGGAGAUGUCUUCUACGCUGAUGUGGAGCGAGACUUGGUGAUGCAGCCUGGUGGUCCUCUUGCUCACAAAUGCAAGACUCUGAUUGAGCCAAGCCGGCUUAUCUUGCUUACAGCUCAGCGUUUUAUUCAAACAUUUUUGGGGGAGAAAUUUGUUGCUCUUCAUUUCCGGCGUCAUGGCUUCUUGAUAUUCUGCAAUGCUAAAAAGCCUAGUUGCUUUUUUCCAAUUCCUCAAGCUGCGGACUGUAUUGCUAGGGUGGUUGAGAGGGCCAAUACACCUGUUGUAUAUCUCUCUACGGAUGCUGCAGAAAGUGAAACCAGUAUAUUGCAAUCACUAGUUGUAGUAAACGGGAAAGCUGUGCCACUUAUUAAGCGGCCAGCUCGUAAUCCUGCUGAGAAGUGGGAUGCUUUGUUGUACAGACAUGGACUUGACGGAGACCCACAGGUGGAAGCUAUGCUGGAUAAAACAAUUUGUGCUAUGUCGACGGUGUUUAUUGGAUCUUCCGGAUCCACUUUCACAGAGGAUAUUCUUCGGCUCCGCAAGGACUGGGGAUCCGCGUCACUUUGCGAUGAAUACCUCUGCCAAGGUGAACUGCCAAAUUUUAUUGCAGACGAUGAAUAAAGAGAUGUGGAGCCCCCUUACUAGGUAUAGUGCCUUGUCUUCGUUCAAUUUCAACCCAUGGAUGGUCCACGGUUGAUCAUGGUUUGUUCAGUCUGAUUUUUGUCAACUUGUAUACUAUUAUGUGAUAGCAUCUACAUUCGUGUUUCGUACAACGUUUGUUUUUUAAGCCAUGGUUGAGUAUUAUUUGUUUGAUUCAUUAUUUGCUCUGUGAUUUCAGCCUCAGAAAUAGCUGAACAGACUUAAGAGUCUUGUAUUUUUGGAUUCCACAGAGGAAGAAACGAUUUGUGAGGGCAAUGCUAUUGAUAGAGUGCCAAUCAUCAUAAGGCCUUUUGUGCGAA